GUUUCUAUGCUACUGGAUAUUAGUCUCAUUGCCGGAGAGAGGAGAAUGUGUUGGUCUGGUGAAUGGGAUCACUGGGAAUAUCUGGACAUACAGAGUGAUCCCGGUGGGUUGUCAGUACUAGAGCAGCUUGGCUUGGACCACAGCUCCGAUUUCUCUGACUCGAGUGUUCAGCAGCGGUUGGAUGAACAGAGAGAGCGAAUCCGUAGGGAAAUCCGGAAGGAGCUGAAGAUUAAAGAGGGGGCAGAGAAUCUCCGCAGAGCCACUACAGAUAAACGAAAUGCGCAGCAGGUGGAGAGUCAGUUGCGGAGCUCCAGUCGACGUCUGGACUCGCUCCACGCUCAGCUACAAGAGCUGGAUGCUCAUAUCGUCGUCAAAGGGACAGAUGAUUCACGUGGUGAGUGGACACAGACUCCUGAUAAGAAGAUGUUGCAGACAGCUCAGCAGAUGCUACAGGACAGCAAGACAAAGAUUGACAUCAUCCGCAUGCAGAUCCGGAAAGCAGUGCAGGCCUACGAACACAAUGAUGAUACACAGGGAAAGCCUGACCCAUGUGGUAUGGAGCUACGGAUUGAGGAGCUCAGACACCAUUACCGCGUUGAGCACGCCGUCGCAGAGGGAGCAAAAAAUGUCCUUAGACUUCUUGGAGCCAAUAAAGUACAGGACAAGAAGGCCAUGUCAGAGGCUCAGUGUCGUCUGAGCGAGUCGUCUCAGAGGUUGGAUCUGCUGAGAGAUUCAUUAGAUCGGCGGUUAGCAGAACUUCCUGAGGAUCAUCCCAAAGCAUCUGUUAUCAAAGAGGAGCUGGUGUUAGCCUCCUCACCAGCGUUCAGUUCUCGACACGGCGCCCCCUACCUGCACAACCAGUACAGCACCCUCUCCAAACCCUCUCCCCUCACUGGCACCCUUCAGGUCACAUUGCUGGGCUGUAUGGGUGUGCUAGAGGUGGUUCCCGGACGUUCCCGUGGCAGCCAGGUAGUGUUGCCGUGUUACAGUCCGGGAGAAGGGCGGUCCUUUAUGCGGAGUGGAAAAGGCCUAUAUAGUCGCAGCGGCAGCGUUAGCGGAAAAACACCCAUCAAAGCAGACGAACUCUCCUCGGAGGUAAGCGCAGUACUGAAGCUGGAUAACACAGUCGUGGGUCAGACAGCGUGGAAGACGGUUGGAGAACAGGGCUGGGAUCAGACCUUCACCAUAGAGCUGGAGAGAUCCAGAGAGAUGGAGAUCGCAGUGUACUGGAGAGACUACCGAUCUCUGUGUGCGCUGAAAUUUCUCAAGUUGGAGGAUUUUCUGGACAACCAGAAACACAGAGUACAACUAGAGCUAGAACCACAGGGACUGCUGUUGGCAGAGGUUACCUUCUUUAACCCCGUCAUCGAGAGGGUUCCACGGCUAAAACGGCAGAAGAAAGUUUUCUCCAAGCAACAGGGUAAAGCCUUCUUGCGAGCUCGGCAGAUGAAUGUUGAUAUCGGCACGUGGGUGAGGUUACUGAGGAAUGCCAUACCAACCGUCAACAACACAGGAACCUACAGCCCUCACGCACACACAGUACAGACAGGGGAGAUAUCGGUGGAGAAGUUGAGUUUAGACUGUGACUCACCAAUGAAGGUGGACGUUCGGCGAGAUGUGAUGGACACAAGCAUUCCGGAACGACAACAGGCCACUGAGCCCGUCUCUGCUCCUGACCUCACCACACCUGAACGUCAAAUCAGAACACAUUCACUGAGCAGUAAACAGAAGAAGACUGCUUUGAGCCUGCAGGAUUUCAGACUAAUAGCUGUUCUUGGCAGAGGCCAUUUUGGAAAGGUUCUGUUGACAGAAUACAAGAAGUCAGGCAAUAUGUACGCCAUUAAAGCCCUGAAGAAAGGAGACAUCGUGGCCAGAGAUGAAGUAGAAAGUUUGAUGUGUGAAAAGCGCAUUUUCGAGACCGUGAACAGUGCGCAGCACCCCUUCCUCGUGAACCUGUUUGCAUGUUUCCAGACCCCAGAGCAUGUGUGUUUUGUCAUGGAGUACACGGCAGGUGGCGACCUAAUGAUGCACAUACAUGCAGACGUCUUCACCGAGCCACGAGCUGUGUUCUAUGCUGCUUGUGUAGUUUUAGGGCUUGAGUUUUUACAUGACAACAAGAUUGUGUACCGAGAUCUUAAAUUGGACAACUUGCUGCUUGACACGGAGGGUUACGUGAAGAUCGCCGACUUUGGAUUGUGUAAAGAAGGGAUGGGUUUUGGGGACCGGACCAGUACGUUCUGUGGGACUCCAGAGUUUCUGGCUCCAGAGGUUCUAACAGACACGUCGUACACGCGGGCCGUGGACUGGUGGGGACUCGGAGUGCUUAUAUAUGAAAUGUUGGUGGGAGAGUCCCCGUUUCCAGGUGAUGAUGAAGAGGAGGUUUUUGACAGCAUAGUAAAUGAUGAAGUUCGUUAUCCGCGGUUCCUUUCCUCAGAGGCCAUUGGCAUCAUGAGGAGGUUACUAAGAAGAAAUCCAGAAAGACGACUGGGUUCCAGUGAGAAAGAUGCAGAGGAUGUAAAGAAACAGCCUUUCUUCAGGAAUAUGAACUGGGAGGCUCUUCUCCUCCGUAAACUCCCUCCUCCCUUCCUUCCGACUAUCGGAGGAAAAGAAGACAUCAGCAACUUCGAUGAGGAAUUCACAACAGAAGCGCCGACUCUCACGCCGCCUCGCGAACCCAGGGUGCUCUCGCGCAAGGAUCAGGACAGUUUCCGUGACUUUGACUAUGUCUCUGACCUCUGCUGAGAGCGUCUUCACUGUGAUAGUGCCGUAGAGAGACAUUUCUCCCCCGUGACUCAAGUGACGACGAGGACAAGAGUGGCCAAUUUGAGUGUUUUGCGUGAAUUGUGAAUGUGCUGGACCUGUGAACACUGUGAUGGAAGAAGAAGAAAGCCUGAAAACAGUUAGAAUCGGAUUAAAGACAGAAAGCUUGUUUCUUACCAGCAGGUUUAAAGGUGCAUUUGAUCAUUUUUUUUUAUAUUGCGCCUCGACUCAGACUGACAGCUAGUGGUUUGGAUGAAGCAUCACACUAAAGUGUUCAGUUACAGAUGCAAUUGUAGAACAGCAUUAUUCAAAGUCAGCCAUGAUUCAUUUAUUCAGCUGGUGAAAGUGUCCAAUAACAGGUGUGUUACUGAAAUGAGUGAGUAACGUUCGGCUGGUCAUGUGAUCUCAACAUGGCGGCCCCCAUCGGACCUCUUAAUGUAAAAUAAAACAACUUUUAUUAGGCUACUGAUAUGACUAGUGUCUUCAUCUCAUGUGAAUGGUCAUACUUUUAAACUCUAUUCAGAAGUAAUAUUUAUUUCUUUAAAUAAAUGUUUUUUAAUGAAAAAAAUGACCGAGUGCACCGUUGAACUUGUUGAAAUUGUUGGUUUGUCUUCAAGUGUCAUAUCUACUUUUGAAAAAUGCAUCUUGUCUUAAUAAAGACAAUGUGAAGGUAUAUUUCACAACUUCAAACUUGAAGCAAAUCAAUAAAGGUCACACAGAAACAUCUCAGUGAGCUUUUGUAAAUGAUACGACCAAGAGCAUGUUGGGAAAUGCUUUUCUGCAGACACUUUGACGUUAGAUGGAUAAAGAGAGUUACGCUGAAAGCUGGAUUAUUUAAUUGGCUAAUUUAGGCUUGAACAUUAAUGGAUGUGUACUUGCUCUUGGAGUUCUUAGUGGUUAAGGAGUUAAACCUCUUUAGACUUGUUCAUUCUGGGUAUUUCUCAUACAUCUUCAAGCGCUUCAUCUCUUACAGGUUACAUGUGAAAGUCAAGCAUAUUGCAAUAUAGUAGAGCAGUCCUUUUUGAAGACA